UUGUGCCUCCUGUUCAGCGUGGCGUGCCUCCUCUCGUACUUUCAGAGUGAGGAUUUCUUCCACCUGGAUCGGGUGAUUCGGCUCACAUUGAAUUAUAAUCAGGAAAUUCGUUCGAAAGAAGAUGUGACCAUUUGGUUCGUGAUGACGUCAGAUGAUCCAGUUCUGAACCCGAGACAGUCUUGUGCCAUAGAGUCCACUUCUCAAAUGAAUCCCUUCUCUGAAAUUCUCGUCUUUCACACAAGACCUGACAUCGAGAUGAAAGUCAAUCUCCCGAACGUGAAAUUCCAGUAUUUGGGUCCCCAGUCCAUGUUCGCAGGUUCUCCAUUGGAUUCUUGGUACCACAGCCAGGCCUUCAAUGAAAGUCCUUACAAGCGUAUUCAUCUCAGCGAUGGACUAAGAACGGCUUUAUUGUGGGAAUACGGAGGUAUUUAUAUGGACCUGGACUUCAUCUGUCUCAAGCCGCUUCGUGACCUGACUCGGAAUUUUCUCGGUUUCGAGGGUGAGAAGAGAGUCAAUGUGAUGAAAUACAUGACUAUGCAUUACAAUCCCGAUUCCAUUCCUGGAGCGGGUCCAAAUAUUUUGAGUGAUGUCUUUCUCAAACAUUGUCCUGAAGACAACAGCACGGACUGGAGUGGAACUGUGACCUGUGAUGGCGUUACCGCCUAUCCAAAGCAUUAUUUCUAUCCUGUGCCCUACGAGCAAAACCAGAAACUUUUCUCCAGGGAUCACUUGGAAGAAGUCUUGAAAGAACUCGACGGGAGUCAUGCCAUUCAUUUCUGGAAUGCCCUUACAAACGGGAUCCAGGCGAAUGUGAAAGAUGAGGUCGUUCUCACCGUCUUGGCCAGGAAAUAUUGCCCAUCCGUUGCGAAUAUCGCCGGUGAAAGUUUCAGGAAG